AUGGCACUUGCCGAUGCGCCAGCCGAGCUGAGAAAUGACAGAGACGUUGUCUGGCUGGCAGUUAUGCAAAACGCACAAGCAUUGCAGUUCGCACCAGAUGCCCUCAAAGCUGAUAAGGACAUAGUGCGUCGGGCGGUCAAGAAAGACGGCCUGGCCUUGGAGUUUGUAGAUGAGCACUUGACGCAUGAUGCUGAGCUCGCCAGGUUCGCGGUGCAGCAGAAUGGCCGUGCGCUACAAUAUGUUGGGGAGGAGCUACGAGGCGACCAAGGCCUUGUUCUGGAUGCCGUGGCCAACAACUGGCAAGCCCUACAUUUUGCCGCAGAAGAGUGCAGGAACAGUCAAAGCAUCAUCUUAGCCGCAGCCCAGCAGAAUCUCGAGGCAGCAAUGGAUCUUGCGUCGAAGACGUUAAAGAACAGCGAAGAGUUUGCCAUGGCUGCUGUUCGUUUGAACUACACAGCUUUUCAGUACAUCUCCCCGAGGUUGCGGAAGGAUGCAAAGUUUGUCCUCAACGCAGUCCAGGAACAUUCAGGAGUCUUGCAGUAUGCGCCGCUCCAUCAAGGAAACGAUGAGAUUGUAAUGGCCGCGGUCCAGCACAAUGGCAUGGCCUUGGAGUUCAGCCUCAAGCGAAUGAGGGCAAACAAGACUGUGGUUCUGGCUGCGGUCAUGCAGAACGGACUUGCGUUGCAGUUUGCACCCCAAACCUUACAGAGGGACAGAGAGGUUGUCACCGCCGCCGUCGCGCAGGACUCUGCCGCCUUGCAAUAUGCUUUCUUCCAAUUGCAAGGGGACAGAGAGAUCGUCAUGGCUGCAGCCAAGCAAGGCGAAUUUGCCUUGCGGUUCGCCUCAGAGGAGCUGCGAUGUGACAAAGACGUCGUCACAGAGGCAGUUGCUCAGCAUGGCCUGGCCUUGCAGUUUGCACCGCGAGAUCUACAGGGGGACGGGGAGGUGGUCCUCGCAGCAGUCACGCAGAACGGACUGGCCUUGCAGUUCGCCUCGCGGAACUUGCGGGAAGACUCUGAGUGUGUGAUGGCUGCAGUCCGCAAGACGGGUAUUGCCUUGGAGUUUGCAUCGGAUGGCCUGAGAAGCAAGCAGGAUAUUGUCCUGACUGCCCUCACAGCCGACCACAAAGCGAUACAGUUUGCAGCCGAGAGGCUACUUCACGACAAAGCCUUCUUUAUGCAGGCAGUGGAGAUUAAUGGCUCUCUCCUCGAGUACGCGCCGGAGGAAUUGCUGCACAACAAAGACAUUGUUGCAGCUGCCGACACCUCGCUCCAGCGUGCUGCAGACCUCCCGAACUUUCACGGCCCUGAAAUGUUCGCCAUUCAGUUCCUGCCUGAGAAGAUGCAGACAAACAAGGAAUGUGCCUUGGAUUCGGUCGGCCAUCGCGGAGGCGCGUUGCAACACCUCGUAGAUGCUAUGAAGCUAGACAAAGAGAUCGUGACGCAGGCGGUCAAGCAGAAUGGCUGGGCUCUACAAUACGCACACGCAGUCCUCAGAAGCGACAGUGAGGUUGUCUUCUGGGCAGUCCAGCAGAACGGUUUUGCCAUACAGUUUGCUUCUCCAGCAUUGCAGCAAGACAAAUUCAUUGCUGAAACCGCAGUUAGUUCGCGUGGAGGGGCUCUGAAGUUCGUACACAGGCAGAUCGCCAAGGAGAAGGACAUCGUGCUGGCUGCGGUCCGACAGGACGGGCGAGCUUUGCAGUUUGCCUUCCCGGAGUUUCAGGAGGAUCGUGAGGUCGUGCUAGCUGCAGUCCAGCAGAAUGGCGAAGCUUUGAGGUUCACAAGGUUUGGCGGGGACAAAGACGUCGUCCUGGCUGCGGUUGAGCGGAACGGUGUGACCUUGGAGUAUGCCUCACAAGAGCUGCAGGACGAUGUUCGCACCGUGUUGGCUGCCAUUCACAACAAUGGCGUGGCGCUCAAGUAUGCCUCCAAAAGGUUAAGGUCUGACCGGACCUUUGUCCUAGAUGCAGUCCGUUCGACGCGCGCUUCUUGGCUGGUGCGACUGGCUGGAGACAACCUUUGUACUGAUGAAGCCUUUGUCCAGACUUGCAAUGAAGCUGCUGGGACUGGGCUAGUAUUCACCUAUUAUUAUUCCUAUGAUUGCUUUCAAGACAUGCGGCUGCUUUUCACGGCAAGUGGGGCGUCGGUACCUGGAGGCAGUGCCUAUGAGCUGGUCAUGGCAAAACUCCGGGAGGAGAAAGGAAGUGCUGCAACAGUUUGGUUCGAUGGCAUCCCCGUUUUUGGUAUCAGCGCUGACUCCGGGAGAUGGCUGCAUCCCUAUGGCGAGGAGUGCGGGCGCGACAUGGUGGAGGUACCUCCGCCAGGGCCCGGGCGCCAUCCCAUGUGGAACGCCAUGCUCGAGUCAAGGAUCGGCGACAAGGAGCCUGCAGCUGGCGCCAAGCACCCCUGUUGGUGCUGUCAUUGGCUCCGAGCUGUGAAAAAGAGCCAUGAGGAGGGCGCUGUCGUUUGCUGCACGACUUCGAACAUUUACCAAGAUGAUUGGGUGGCGAAGUACGGAGCAGGAUCCUCUGAACUCAGCGACGCCUCCGCUGAUCAGCUCAGGCUCCCAAGGGAAACUUUCAAGAAUGGCAAGCCAGAGGGCUGGGGCGAAGGGUCCAUACAAGUCUCCAAUGGCCGAAGCUUUCUGCGUGAGGCCAAGGUGCAUCCGCGGACCAAGUUGCCACUGGGGAUAGGCUGCCGUUGGGAGAGGAAGGCCUUGGACGGCUUGGAAUUCCCGGUCUAUGUGUUCUUUAUGCCCUGA